CCCCGCGCCCCGCGCCCGGCCCGCGCGGACCCCGCGGCCGCUCUCCGAGGUCCUGAAGUGCCGCGUCCAGCCCCGCGCCCCGCGCCCGCCCACCCGGGAGCCCGCGGCUGGACCCCGAGCCCGGCGCGGCUGGACCCUGAGCCCGGAGCCGCUGGACCCCGAGCCCGGAGCCGCUGGACCCUUGUGGAUUUUCUUCGGGGGUUUCUUUCUUUCUUUUUUUUUGAGGGGCUUUUGCCUUUCGCAAUAGCUCUGGCUGGGUUUUCUAAGCGCCAACUUGAAACAUUUCCGUCCUCCCCCCGAACUCGUGGACUACAAAGCACAAGGACCCGGGAAAAUGUGCAGCUUGGAUACCCUGCGCCUCCACCUCUGGAAGACCAUUGUAUUCUUCAGCCUGGCGGCCUCCAUAGAGGCGGACGCCGCACGCUCGACGCCCAAAGCCAUGUCGCCCUCGGACUUCCUGGACAAGCUCAUGGGACGGACGUCGGGGUACGAUGCCCGGAUCAGGCCCAACUUUAAAGGGCCCCCCGUGAACGUCAGCUGCAACAUUUUCAUCAACAGCUUUGGCUCCAUCGCCGAGACCACCAUGGACUACAGGGUGAACAUCUUCCUGCGGCAGCAGUGGAACGACCCCCGGCUGGCCUACAACGAGUACCCUGACGACUCGCUGGACCUCGACCCCUCCAUGCUGGACUCCAUCUGGAAGCCUGACCUGUUCUUCGCCAACGAGAAGGGGGCGCACUUCCACGAGAUCACCACCGACAACAAGCUGCUGCGCAUCUCACGCAACGGCAACGUGCUCUACAGCAUCCGAAUCACGCUGACCUUGGCCUGCCCCAUGGACCUGAAGAACUUCCCCAUGGACGUGCAGACAUGCAUCAUGCAGCUCGAGAGCUUCGGCUACACCAUGAACGACCUGAUCUUCGAGUGGCAGGAGCAAGGGGCCGUGCAGGUGGCCGACGGGCUCACGCUGCCCCAGUUCAUCCUCAAGGAGGAGAAAGACCUUCGCUACUGCACCAAGCACUACAACACGGGCAAGUUCACGUGCAUCGAGGCGCGCUUCCACCUGGAGCGGCAGAUGGGCUACUACCUGAUCCAGAUGUACAUCCCCAGUCUGCUCAUCGUCAUCCUCUCCUGGAUCUCCUUCUGGAUCAACAUGGACGCGGCGCCCGCGCGCGUGGGGCUGGGCAUCACCACCGUGCUCACCAUGACCACCCAGAGCUCGGGCUCCCGCGCGUCCCUGCCCAAGGUGUCCUACGUGAAGGCCAUCGACAUCUGGAUGGCCGUGUGUCUGCUCUUCGUCUUCUCGGCCCUGCUCGAGUAUGCGGCCGUCAACUUCGUGUCCCGGCAGCACAAGGAACUGCUGCGUUUCCGGAGGAAGAGGAGGCACCACAAGGAGGAGGAGGCCGGGGAGGGCCGCUUCCACUUCUCGGCCUACGGGAUGGGCCCCGCGUGCCUGCAGGCCAAGGACGGCAUCUCGGUGAAGGGCCCCAACAGCAGCUCGGCCAACCCGCCGGCGCCCUCCAAGACCCCCGAGGAGAUGCGCAAACUCUUCAUCCAGCGCGCCAAGAAGAUCGACAAGGUGUCGCGCAUCGGCUUCCCCAUGGCCUUCCUCAUCUUCAACAUGUUCUACUGGAUCAUCUACAAGAUCGUGCGCCGCGAGGACGUGCACAACCAGUGACGGGCACGGCGCGGGGGCCGGGCGCACCUCCCGCUUGGCGCCCGCCC